AUGUUGGCCGCCGCGACGAAGCGCUUGGGACGUGCGGCAGGCGCCUUCGCGUGGCACCGCGCGCCUCUGCUCCGCGCGCACUGGUCGCCCGUCUCUACGGACGUUGCAGCGCCGUCUGUGGCUGAGCCGCCGAAGCGCAACAAGCUCAAGAUCCCGACCAAACGCGCUGCUGCGCUCCUGCAGCAAUUAGAGGCGGAGGCUGUGGCCAACGCUUCGACGGGCAAAGAGAUUGAGGCGUUCAAGCCCGGGGACGCGGUCGAAGUGCAGUACCUCUUGAGCCGCACGGGCGGCCGCGUGCAGCGGGUCAAGGGCGUCGUUCUGGCCCGUCGGAACCGCGGCACAAGCAGCUCGUUUGUCAUUCGCAACCACAUUGGCGGCUACGGCUACGAGCAGAAGAUAUUCCUCCACUCACCGCUGCUGCAGAGCGUAAAGGUGCUGCAAGAGGCAUUCAUCCAUAAAGGCAAGAAGCGCGUGCGUCGUGCCAAGCUCUUUUACCUGCGGGAGAAGGCGCCGAGCUUGACUACGGUUUAG